AUGCCGUCAAAGCUGAGAACUAAGAAGCUUGAACAUGUGACCACAAAGUCACAUGACAACAACUUUACCGUCCCCGAGGCUUGCCCUCAAAUUUAUAUUGUUGAUAUUGAAAUGCCAGCUUGCAGUGAUCAGGACUCAGGUGCUGGUGAAAGAAUUUUAACUUUGGAUGUAUGGGAUGAGUGUAGCUCCUCUGCCUCUGGUAGUUGUUCUAUAGUGUUUGAGGAUGUGUAUGCUGCUCAUGAUUCUGCAACACUUGAGUAUCUUAAGGAAUUAAGCUCAAGGCGUAAAGCAAUUGAAGAGUCUAUUAAUGAGAGCAGCUUCAUUACAGAAGCUAUUGCAAGAGAAAUGGCUGGAGGGUCGGAGUCUCGCUAUGAGCAGGAUAUUUACAAAAUAGAGCAGUAUCUACCACUGUUGGAAAUUUUGUUUGAGUAUGUUGGUCUGAAGAGCUUCAGUAACCGCAUUGCCCAAUGCACUGCAGCUCUUAAUAUACGCUGGAGUAGUGCUCUUUGCUCAUCUUCUUUCUUCAAUUUUAAAGGCCCUAAAUUUUUCCAAAUUGACCAUUUGGGAUUUGAGCUUGUGAUGACCCUUUUUCUUUAUGGUGGAAUCCUGCGAGAGAGGGCUUUGGAAGUUCUAUCAGCUGAUUUGGUUCAAUCUGCCACUAUUUUCAGACAAGCUGCUGGAAUUUAUCAUUACAUGGCAGAUGAGAACUCAAGCAUCAGUAGAUUCUUGAUUGAUUACAAGUUUCCACCAGAAAAGCCACCGGAAACUCUUGCUAUAGUAUCCUACAUUAUGAGUCUCAUUUGUUUGGCUGAGGCCCAGGCAGUAACUAUAAGGAAGGCUGAAGAGAAAGGAACUUCCUCAAGUCUUCUGGCAAAGUUGCAUCAUGGUGUUACAUCUUUUCUUGAUGAAGCUUUUCAGCUUUAUAGUAUCACAAAGUUUAAAGACAUUUCGCCACGCUUAUUGGAUUUCAUUUCUUCUAGCAUGUGUUUACAUGAGUUCAAAGGUAAUCAAUAUCUUGCAGAAAGUCUGAAGGAAUCUGGUCAAAUAGGGGCUGCUAUUGGAGUUCUUAGUUCUGCAUUGAACAAUGUGAAAAAGAAGAUACCAGGUGAAGAUCCUUGGAAAAGCACUUACCAAAAGCAAAUUCAAGUUGCUUCUGAAGUGCUCAGAAAGUUUAAUCAUGAGAAUGAUUUUGUUUGGCAUGAGAAGAUCCCACCAAAAGACAAGUUGCCGUCUCCUCAAUGUAGCAAAAUAGUCACUUUCAUACCUUACAGACCAAAAAAUUGGGAAAGGAAACUUGUUUUCAAGCAAUGAGUGUUGUGUUGAGCAAAAUAAUGUAAAGCAAAUGAGACUGUGGCCAAAAUGAUCAUGGCUCAUCAAGGAUUCUUGUUUCCAUUUUGUUUUACUCCUCUAUUGGUGAUUUGGUGUUGGGAAUCUGAAAUAUAUACUACUAGUUUAGUACCAAAAUUACUCACCACCAUUGUCUUUUCUCCACUUUUGUUUUAUUUAUACAAGUUGGCUGGCCCAAAGUUUUGCAAGAAUUGAGAUGUAUGAACCCGUUUGUUUGUGUCUAAAUUGCAAACAUUCUAUUGAUCCAUGUAUUAGGUUAACCCUUAACCCGAUAUAUAUUGUA